AAGAUGGUGAGCGAGAGUCAUCAUGAGGCCCUGGCAGCCCCGCCAGUCACAACAGUUGCCACUGUGCUAGCAAAUAAUGCCACAGAGCCAAUCAGUCCUGGAGAAGGAAAGGAAGAUACAUUUUCUAAACUGAGGGAGAAGUUUAUGAAUGAAUUGCAGAAAAUUCCAUUGCCACCAUGGGCCUUAAUUGCGAUAGCCAUAGUCGCAGUUCUUUUAGUCCUGACUUGCUGCUUUUGUAUCUGUAAGAAAUGUUUAUUCAAAAAGAAAAACAAGAAGAAGGGAAAGGAAAAGGGAGGGAAGAAUGCCAUUAACAUGAAAGAUGUGAAAGACUUAGGGAAGACCAUGAAAGAUCAGGCUCUCAAGGAUGAUGAUGCUGAAACUGGAUUGACUGACGGAGAAGAAAAAGAAGAACCCAAAGAAGAGGAGAAACUGGGAAAACUUCAAUAUUCACUGGAUUAUGAUUUCCAGAAUAACCAGCUGCUGGUAGGGAUCAUUCAGGCUGCUGAGCUGCCCGCCUUGGACAUGGGGGGUACGUCUGACCCUUAUGUGAAAGUGUUCCUGCUGCCUGAUAAAAAGAAGAAAUUUGAGACAAAAGUUCACCGAAAGACCCUUAAUCCUGUCUUCAAUGAGCAGUUUACUUUCAAGGUGCCAUACUCAGAACUGGGUGGCAAAACUCUGGUGAUGGCUGUGUAUGAUUUUGACCGUUUCUCCAAGCAUGAUAUCAUCGGGGAAUUUAAAGUUCCCAUGAACACUGUGGAUUUUGGUCAUGUAACUGAGGAAUGGCGUGAUCUGCAAAGUGCUGAGAAGGAAGAGCAAGAGAAAUUGGGUGAUAUCUGCUUCUCCCUUCGCUAUGUACCUACUGCUGGUAAACUGACUGUUGUCAUUCUGGAGGCAAAGAACCUGAAGAAGAUGGAUGUGGGUGGCUUAUCGGAUCCUUAUGUGAAGAUUCAUCUGAUGCAGAAUGGCAAGAGGCUGAAGAAGAAAAAGACAACAAUUAAAAAGAACACACUUAACCCCUACUACAAUGAGUCAUUCAGCUUUGAAGUACCUUUUGAGCAAAUCCAGAAAGUGCAAGUGGUGGUAACUGUAUUGGACUAUGACAAGAUUGGCAAGAAUGAUGCCAUCGGCAAAGUCUUUGUGGGCUACAACAGCACCGGCGCGGAACUACGACAUUGGUCAGACAUGCUGGCCAACCCCAGGCGACCCAUUGCCCAGUGGCACACCCUACAGGUAGAGGAGGAAGUUGAUGCCAUGCUGGCAGUCAAGAAAUAAAGGAAAGAAGCCGCCUUUCUGCAUUUGCCCACAUAGUGCUCUUUAGCCAGUAUCUGUAAAUACCUCAGUAAUAUGGGUCCUUUCAUUUUUCCAGCCAUGUGUUCCUAACACAAUUCAGUGAUACUUCAAAUCCUGUUUUAAUUUGCACAAAUUUAAACGUAGAGCGUCCCUAAGCCCUUCAUCAUACCACUGCCCUCCAAAUCUACUCUUCUUUUAAGCAAUAUGAUGUGUAGAUAGAGCAUGACUGAAAUUAUGUAUUGUAUCACACCGUUGUAUAUACCAGUAUGCUAAAGAUUUAUUUCUAGUUUGUGUAUUUGUAUGUUGUAAGCGUUUCCUAAUCUGUGUAAAUCUAGAUGUUUUUAAUAAGAUGUUCUAUUUUAAACUAUGUAAAUUGACCGAGAUAUAGGAGAGCUGAUAAUAUAUUAUAUGGUAAAUAUAGUAUCGUCUGCAUUCCCGCAAAAAUAUCAACUUGUAAGGCACUAGCACGGUUAAACUGACAUCUUAAAGGACAACUUAAACCUGAGCUUUCACUUGAAUCAUUUGAGUACCAAGAUAUGCUUACACCACAUAUUUGGUGGGUGAAUCCAAUUUUAUAGAAUUCCUUCACAGCCAAAUUAGCAUGAUCUGAGCAGCAUCCUGGCUGACCUCAAGGAAGUAAAGCCACAAACCAGAACAGCAUCUGUCUGUACAUAUCUACAAAGCUAAAAUCAUGGCUUCACUCUUACAUUCAAGAAAGCAAUCAAACAGGAGUCAAUGGUUUCACAUUACUGCAUAUAAAUCAACAACACGAUGGUGUUCCGUGUGUGUGCGCGCGCACAUUCGUUUGGGGAUGGUGGGGGACUGGGAAGAAGCUGAGGGAGAAGUCAGCACUUCUGAAAUAUUGCCUGACUAUUUAAAAA